CCCACAACGCGCAGCACAACACCGCACCACCUUUCUAUAAAGUGGUGUAAACCCUUGGGUUCUGUUUACCACGCAAAGUUCCAAACGCAGACGCGCGUUUUCAACAUCAACGAUUCGCCGGAAAAAUGAUAGAUGCAGGAGCCGCGUCUCUUGCCGUCGUCUACUACGACGGCAACCGUGAGAUCAACGUCGGCACUGUCGUGGUGGACCCCUCGCUCAACUUUAAGAGUCUGCUCUCGGUCUUAAGCCAGAUGAUCGGGAUCUCUCCUCAUCAGUUCUCCGUAUACCUCGCCGCCAUCGACACCGACCGGAAAAUUCCAAUUACAGCCAAGGUCAAUCUCGCCGCCGUGCGCCGGGAGGUUACGGGGCAAUAUUUUUUCGUCAAGCGCUCCAAGCGCGCCAAGAAGGCGUAUGCGAACGCGAAGAAGAAGCCGCCGGAGAAAGUCAUGCUCCUCCGCCGCGCCGCCGCCGGAGAUCCCCCUUUCAAUACGACGUUCGGGCCGCCGAUUCUCGGUCGCGCUGACUACGAGAAAAGAUUGAUGAAUUUUCAGAUGGAGAGGGACUCCUUUCGGAUGAAUAUGAGCGCCGCAAUCAACGGCGUCGCCGUCGGGAGAGAAUCACCGAAAACCGUUCCCGCCUCCGCUGCCAUUUGCGAAGACUGUUUGAAGGCGAAUACGGACGGAAUCAACGUUGCUUUUCACCUGUGCGUUCUCGAUACGGUGACGGUAGGGUUCCGGUCGUCGGCGGGACCGAUUUCCAGGCCGGCGAGAAAUUCCGGUGAAGACGGCGCCUAAUUUCUGUUGGCGGUUCAGUUUUUUGUUUGUCUCCGACCUUAAGUGAAGAAUUGUGCAUAAAAAAAAGGAAGGGAUAAUGAUCACGUGUGGAGGGGUAUACGAUAAGCCAAAACGAGGUCGAAAUAGAGAGCGUGUGAGCCAUACAUUUUGAAAACCCUGGUAUCUAUUUGUUAUUCCUUAUCCACUCUAAUUAUUGUUUUUAUUCAAUUCAAUAAUUACCGGAUUA